GAGGCGGUGAUUCUAGUUUUAAGUCGAGCGGAGCGUUCGGCCCGAUAAUCCGAGUGACCAUGACUGUCACGGUCACACAUUCUGCUCUCUGCCAUCAUGUCUCUUGUCCAAGGCUAUUCUUCCGGGGAGGACGACGACAUUGACGUUUCAAAGGAUGUAUUUGGUCUCUCUUCAAUACCUCAUGCGAAGAAAAUGCGCACAGACGAGCCCCCCAGGACGCCGCUUGUGGUUCAGGCCGCGCCUCACGUUUUGUCAGAGGAUCCUCUACACCAAACGUCUCUUAUUACGCGACCAACAGACACGCAAAUGAACGUGAAUAUUCCCUUCAGCGACAUGACUUUACCGAUUCAAGGCCCGGAGAAUCCGUUUGGCGACAGAAACCGAUUCAUCAACCAAAAUGCUCUUGCGGGACAUGUUGAGGAGCAGUCAAUGACAGAGCAUGCCUUUCGUUCUCAACAUCUAACACAUUCAAUUCUGGGUUAUUCCGCCAACCCUUCUAUAGAUCCCAACGCCCCCGCACUCCUAGGCUCAGUAGACAAAGCCCAAGCUAAUGGUUUUGCCACUAUUGAUUCCCUACGGGCAUCCAAGCGCCAAAGGAAUGAAUUGAAGCGGAAGCGAAAACAGAAGGGCGAUCUAGAGAUCGUAGAAGGUGAUGGGGCAUAUGUUGGACCUUGGGCUGAUUGGGAAGGUGACGAACCAGAAAGUACGUUCCUUGCUGGUGUUGAGGCACCUGAGGAUGGUGAGGAGGAGGAGGAGGAGGAAGAGGAGGAGCCGUUUAAAAUCAAAAAGGCCAAGAACAAGCGGGGCGGUUACGGUCAAGAGUAUUCCGUUUUCCACGGCAAGUCUAUGACAGACUACCAAGGCCGCACAUACAUGUCGCCUCCUCUUGCGGAUGCGCCUCAACUUGCGGCUGAGGCAGGUUCUCAGGACUGCUUUAUUCCAAAAGUAUGCGUGCACACAUUCACCGGACACAAUCAAGGUGUUUCAGUACUUCGUCUUUUCCCUCAGACCGGUCAUAUGUUCUUGAGCGGAUCCAUGGAUACCAAAAUAAAACUUUGGGAUCUCUAUACAACGCAAAAUUGUUUACGGACGUUCCAUGGCCACACGAAGCACGUCAAAGAUGUUUCAUUCUCGAAUGAUGGACGGCGCUUUUUGUCUUGCAGCUAUGAUCGUCAGAUGAAAUUGUGGGAUACAGAGACUGGACAGUGCAUAAAGCGUUUUAGCAACGGCAAAAUACCUUAUGUCAUCAAGUUCCACCCCGAUGAAGACAAGCAAAACAUAUUCCUCGCAGGCAUGUCGGACAAGAAAAUCAUCCAGUAUGACAUCAACUCUGGGGAAAUCACUCAGGAGUUCGUGACGACGUCGGACGAUAAGACUAUCAGGGCCUGGGACUUUGAUAUACCAGUGGUCAUCAAGUACAUUGCUGAACCGCAUAUGCAUUCCAUGCCCGCCGUUACCCUUCAUCCUUCGAAUAAAUAUUUUGCCGCACAAUCUCUUGACAAUCAGAUUCUCGUCUACAGCACAGAUAAUUUCCGGCAAAACCGCAAAAAACGUUUCGCGGGUCAUUCUGUGGCAGGUUACGCGUGUCAAGUGGGUUUCUCUCCCGAUGGAAAGUGGAUAAGCAGUGGGGAUGGGGAAGGAAAUGUCGUGUUCUGGGACUGGAAGACCGGUCGUAUCAAGUCAAGACUGAAAGCUCACAACAAGGUGGUCAUUGCUCAUGAAUGGCUCCCUCACGAGACCUCAAAAGUUUUGACCGGUUCUUGGGACGGCAACAUCAAGCUUUGGUCGAUAUCGAUCUGUACUGCGUAG